UUUACAACCACAGUCCCACUCUCUCUCUCUCUCUCUCUCUCUCUCCAUGCCUCAGUACCACACUUCACUUUUUGCAAUGAAAGCUCAUGGUGAAAGGAACGCUUUUGUCCACAGUAAACUCCUGUUUUCGAUUUAAUAUAUCCUCUGGCCUUCUUUCAUCUUAAUCAUCCCAAAACAGUCAUCUUCAAUCUUCAACAUCCUUACCCAUUACCUCCCCAGGUUAUAAAGAAAACAUUCCAGGACUCUUCUAGCUACUUAAAUUUAUAUAUGUAUAUAACCCCAUUUAUAGCUCCACCAUAGGAUCUCAGAACAUAGCUAGGAGGCUAAUUGACCGCUUUCGUCUGCCCUUUUUCCUCCCCGAACUUUUUAUUUUUCAUUUUUGGAAGCACUAAUUCCUAAUUAGUAAUCAAUUUCCAAAAGCUUGGACUGUGCUAGAGGCCAUGUUUCCUUGUAGCAGCGAUCACAACCCUUUUACAUACACCUGCCAAUCCAUCCUGGAGAUCAAGCCCUUUGCAAAUGAUGAAAAGACAAGCUCGGGACAGGAAGAGCAUCCCUCGUCUUAUACACACCUGUCGGCAACUUUUCUUGAAGAUGACGAACUAUUUUUGAGUCAUUUUCUUUCACAACAGAAGCUCUUUUUUGGCAGCACAUCUCAAGCCGAGACUGAAAAUAGUGUUGCGGCUUCAGACAAGGCAACAAAUGACAAAAAGGAGGCGAGUGGCGACACUGUGGCUGAGCAGAUUCCUUCGGAAAAACCACUUCCGAACAAGAAAAGUAGAGGUGGUUCAAAACAGACACUUCCCAGGAAGAGAACUGGGAAGAAGGACAGGCACAGCAAAAUCUGUACAGCUCAAGGCCCGAGAGAUCGCAGAAUGAGGUUGUCCCUUCAGAUUGCGCGUAAGUUCUUUGAUCUUCAAGACAUGUUAGGCUUUGAUAAAGCGAGCAAAACUAUUGAGUGGCUAUUUUCUAAGUCGAAGACUGCAAUCAAGGAACUCACGGAGAGCAUCUCACAAGUGAAGCAAAGUUGCAGCAACGGUACUAAGAAUGUGUCGGUUACAUCCGAUAUCGAAGAGAUUUCAGAAAACGUGGAGAUUGUUGGUGAUGAUGGAGACCAAGGGGGUUUUGGUGCAGAUGUUGAAUCUUUCAAUCCCAUGGCCAGAGAGACAACAAACAGAAAAUCAUCUAUUGUUGCAAGGGAUUCCCGGGACAAGGCAAGAGCUAGAGCGAGGGAGAGAACAAGGAACAAAAUGAUGAUCAGGGGGCUUGGGGUAUCGAAACAAAUGUCUGAAGGCGAAAACCCUAACAAUUUGGGACGGUUAUGUUCUUCUAUCCCCCUUGAAGAAGCUGGUGAGGAAUCAUGUUUCCGCCGCCAAGAAAGGAAAUCUUCUCUGGACCUGAUGGCUGAUCAAGUUGAAGAACCUAUCAAUCACUUACUAGAACAUCAAAUCGAUUAUUCUGUGAGCAUUAAUGAGAGAUUUUUGGGCGUUGUUGGUGCACCAAGAUCAUCUUUGAUUUUGAAUCAUUCACGCGGUGUGGCAGCCUCAAGUGGGGGGAAUACCACGGACGAAUUUCCUGGAUUUCCUGUAAAUUGGAUCAACAACGAUAAUGCUAAUAUGCAGACAAGCAUGAAGCCGUCCACAGUACAUGAACGGGACAAUCAAAGGUGUGGUUAGCCGUACGUCUUCAACUCCAUGCUCAUUGCUCUAAUUAAUUGAUUGCUUGACCGGGUAAAACUAGGUAGUGAUCAUCGAAGUUGAAUUUCUCACCUUCAAAUUAAUUUGCUUGAUUUUUGAGCUUUGUUUGGUAUGACACAUCGUUGUCCGUACUGGAUUGUGUCGAUAUUUGUAUCAAUGUUGAAUCAUUGAUAUCGUAUUAUAUCAUGGUGUGAUGAGUAGUACUACUGCUAUUCACUACAAAUCUGAGUCCAUUCGGUAUAGAAUAAUUUUUGGGACAUUUCUUUCUAUUUUUGGUAAGAUGGGAAUAUAUAUAUAUAUAGCACUCCCAACUUAUAAUAGUA